UGUGAGGAGCCAUGUGUGAUGACGAUGAAACCACAGCUCUUGUUUGUGAUAAUGGCUCUGGGCUUUGUAAAGCUGGAUUUGCAGGAGAUGAUGCUCCGCGGGCUGUUUUUCCAUCCAUUGUUGGACGACCUCGGCACCAGGGUGUUAUGGUAGGGAUGGGCCAAAAAGAUAGCUACGUUGGGGAUGAAGCACAGAGUAAAAGAGGAAUUCUGACUCUGAAAUAUCCCAUUGAACAUGGGAUUAUCACUAACUGGGAUGACAUGGAAAAGAUUUGGCAUCAUUCCUUCUACAAUGAACUUCGUGUUGCACCAGAGGAGCAUCCCGUGCUACUGACAGAAGCUCCUUUGAACCCCAAGGCAAACCGAGAAAAAAUGACUCAGAUCAUGUUUGAAACAUUCAAUGUACCAGCAAUGUAUGUGGCGAUUCAGGCAGUUCUCUCUCUGUAUGCAUCUGGCCGGACUACUGGAAUAGUUCUGGACUCUGGGGAUGGUGUCACGCAUAAUGUACCUAUCUAUGAAGGUUAUGCUUUGCCGCAUGCUAUCAUGAGACUGGAUCUGGCUGGCAGAGAUCUCACUGACUAUCUCAUGAAAAUUCUUACAGAGAGAGGAUAUUCUUUCGUUACAACUGCGGAGCGUGAGAUUGUGCGAGAUAUAAAGGAAAAGCUCUGCUAUGUGGCUCUAGACUUUGAGAAUGAAAUGGCUACUGCUGCUUCCUCCUCUUCUCUGGAGAAGAGCUAUGAACUCCCUGAUGGCCAAGUCAUCACUAUUGGCAAUGAACGAUUUCGAUGCCCUGAAACUCUCUUUCAGCCAUCGUUUAUAGGAAUGGAGUCUGCCGGUGUCCAUGAAACUACUUAUAACAGCAUAAUGAAAUGCGAUAUUGACAUCCGUAAAGAUCUUUAUGCUAAUAAUGUGCUUUCUGGAGGGACUACCAUGUAUCCUGGCAUUGGUGACCGUAUGCAGAAGGAGAUUACAGCUUUGGCUCCAAGUACUAUGAAGAUCAAGAUGAUUGCACCUCCAGAACGUAAAUAUUCUGUCUGGAUCGGAGGCUCUAUCUUGGCUUCUCUAUCAACCUUCCAGCAAAUGUGGAUCAGCAAAGAUGAAUAUGAAGAAGCUGGUCCCUCCAUUGUCCAUCGCAAAUGCUUUUGAAUAUACUUAAGAUAUCUAUUACAGUAAACCAUAUGUUGUUGCUCUACAGAUAUUC